CUCGAACACUCCUUGUUUUGCAAGCUCGUGGCUAUGGCGGAUCCAUGGACGCGAGCGCUAUCGAGCAGGGGCGCCUAAAGAUCUCGGUUCCAAGGAUAGGCGGAUUCUAUUGCCGGAGUCCUUCGAAAGAGCGGAGGCGCAAUGGCGCAAAGUAACUGGGAAGCCGAUAAGAUGCUCGAUGUUUAUAUACACGACUAUCUUGUGAAGAAAAACCUCCAGGCCUCUGCCAAGGCCUUUCAGACAGAGGGCAAAGUUUCUGGCGAUCCUGUCGCGAUUGAUGCUCCUGGUGGUUUUUUGUUCGAGUGGUGGUCCGUGUUCUGGGACAUUUUCAUUGCUCGUACGAAUGAAAAGCACUCAGAGGUGGCUGCUUCAUAUAUCGAGACUCAGCAACUCAAGGCGAGAGAACAACAGCAGCAACACCAGCAUCUUCAGCACCAGCAGCAACAGCAGCAAAUUCAGCAGCAGCAGCACCAGCAGCAGCACCAACAACAAUUACAACAAAGUCAGCAGCAGCAGCAACAGCAACAGCAGUUGCAGCAAAGUCAGCAGCAUCAGCAGCAGCAGCAGCAGCAACAACAACAACAGCUGCAGCAAAACCAGCAGCAACACCAGCAACAGCAGCAGCACCAGCAGCAGCAGCAACACCAGCAGCAACUUCACAUGCAGCAGAUUCAACUCCUCCAGCGUCAAGCCCAGCAGCAGCAGCAGCCUCGGAGGGAUCUGGCCAUAAACGCUGCUGCAAACGGCAUGGGUGGUGAUUCACUCCUCACCCCAACUGCGAACGCAAUGGCAACCAAAAUCUACGAGGAGCGUCUCAAGCAUCCACACCAACGUGACACUCUCGAAGAUAUUAAGAGAUACGGAGAGACUCCGGGACAGCUUUUGGAUCCAAGCCCGACAAGUCUGCUUAAAGGAGCGCCGACUCCUGGCCAGCCGUCUGGGCCUUUACUUCCAGCUAGUGCUGCUGGAUUGCAACAAGUUCAGAACAGGCCUCAGCUCUCUGGAGUCUCUCAGGACAGCAAGAGCGACGGCAACGUAGUUUUGAAUCAAAGAUCACCUGCACCGGAUCCUUCCAUGUUUGGGCAUGCCAAGCCAAACCUUCUUAGUCCAGGAGUCAAUCAAGGAGGAAAUGCAAUGUCAUUGAAAGGCUGGUCAUUAGCUGGAAUGGAUCAGCUUCGCCCGACGCUAGUGCAAAAUCAGAAGCCGUCUUUGCAGGCUUCUCCAGCAUAUCAUAUACUGAGUCCUCAGCACCAGCACUUACUGCUUCAGGCUCAGGCGCAAGGAAGCUUGCCUUCGUCCAAUUCUGCUCUCCUUGGUGAUGUAGACGGGAGAAGGUUUCGCAUGCUUCUCAGUCGGAAUCAAAACCAAAUGGGCAAAGAUGGUCAAGCUGGUCUCAGCGAGGUCGGAUCACCUAUGCAGGCUGCAACACUCCUGCCUCGUGGUAAUCCACAGGAUCAGGGGGAGAUGCUGAUGAAGAUAAAAAUGGCCCAGUCGCAGCAAGCUCAAAGUGGCCAACAGCCACAGCCACCACAGUCUUCUCAACAAGGGCAGCAAGCGCAGCAGCAACCGGCAACGCCACAACAGCAGCAACAGCAGCAGCAACAACUACAACAAGAGAGAAUGGGUGUUGUUGGAGUUGAUGGUGCGCUGUCCAACUCCUUUAGGGGAACCGGCGACCAGGUUUAUAGCGGCAUGGAGCCGAGUCCCAGUACGAACAGCACAGGGACUGGAAAGGUGAAAGUUGCUGCUAAAGGUCCCAGUGGCCGAAAACGGAAGCAACCGGCGUCAUCCUCUGGUCCAGCUAAUAGUACGGGUACAGCGAACACGGCGGGUCCGAAUUCCCCGUCGUCUCCAUCAACACAUACGCCUGGCGAUGUCAUUUCCAUGGCGGGAGCUUUACAACAAAAUGGAAACAUCUCCAAGUCGCUUAUGAUGUACGGGUCAGAUGGAGCUGGGACGCUUGCUUCGCCUACAAACCAGCUGUUGCAGGCUGAUAUUGACCGCUUCGGCGAAGAUCCGUCGCUGGAUGAUAACGUCGAGUCCUUUUUAUCGCACGACGACGCAGAUCAUCGCGAUGGCUUGUUUGGAAGCAGCAAACAAAGCCCUGUCAUGGAUGUGAGCAAAGGUUUUCUUAGCGAAGUAGGUUGCUUGCGAGCAAGUACGAGCAAGGUUGUCUGUUGCCAUUUCUCGUCCGACGGGAAACUUCUUGCGAGCGCCGGACACGAUAAAAAGGCUGUUCUCUGGAAUAUGGACACUCUAAAGCUCAAGAGUACCCUCGAGGAGCACACCUUUCUUAUUACUGACGUAAGAUUCAGUCCAAACUCCACGCGCCUGGCGACCUCGUCAUUUGAUAAGACCGUGAGAGUGUGGGAUGCAGACAAUCCGAGCUAUUCCUUGAGAACGUUCACCGGCCAUCAGACGUCGGUUAUGUCGCUUGACUUCCAUCCCGUGAACGAGGACCUACUGUGUUCUUGCGACGGAGAUAGCGAGAUACGCUACUGGAGUGUGAGCCAAGGCGUUUGCACCAGAGUCUUCAAGGGUGGUAUGGCGCAGACGAGGUUCCAGCCAAGAGUCGGAAGGUUAUUGGCGGCAGCUGCCGAGAAUGUGGUCUCUAUUUUUGAUGUGGAUACCGAGACUUGUGUACAUUCCUUACAGCGACACACGAAGCCGGUACACUCGGUGUGCUGGGACGCUACUGGCGACUACGUCGCUUCGGUCAGUGAAGAUUCGGUUCGAGUAUGGGCACUAAAUGGAAGCGAUGGCGAUUGCAUCCACGAGCUGAACUGUAACGGGAACAAGUUCCACUCUUGUGUGUUCCACCCCAAGUUACCGACUUUGCUGGUCAUCGGUUGCUAUCAAUCGCUUGAGCUCUGGAACAUGCAAGAGAACAAGACCAUGACUAUACCCGCUCAUGACGGCCUGAUCGCGGCAUUGGCACAAUCUCCAGCGACUGGCAUGGUUGCGUCGGCGAGCCAUGACAAGUGUGUCAGGCUGUGGAAGUAGAAUGAGAGAGCCAGAGACAACAUGAACAGCUACAGGGAUUCACAAGAAUCUCAAAGCUGUUUAUAGAGAAGCACAGAUUUGUGACAACAGGUAUGAAUUCCACAGAUUUAUAUUUUCCUACUUCA